AUGGAGACAAAAUUUGGAAAAAGUUUGACUACUAUCUCACCACAACAACGACUACCACUACGACGACAACCACCACCACGACCUCAACUACCACAACCACUACCACCACCAGUACCACGACCUCAACCACCACCACGACCUCAACCACCACCACCACUACCUCAACCACCACCACCACUACCUCAACCACCACCUCGCCAACAACCACCACCGAUGAAGAGGAAGUUACGGAACAAGUUGAGGAAGCCGAACAGGAAGAUGAAGUUGAACAACAACCAGACGACUCUACUGAAACUGUGGCUGAAAGUAGCACUACCGAGGCUGAAGAGAACGCUGGAAGUGGCAAAGUUUCUUGCAUUGGCUGGAUCGGUGGUUGGACCGGCCUAUGGAUGA